GUAAACGCUGAAAAGCUUGCAUGAAGAAGCACUGAGAAGUGCCUCGAAUGGACGCAGAUGCUUAGGAAUGGCAGCAUUAUUGUAGAACAUAAAGUCAUCUCCCAAAUAGAAAUGAAAAACAACGAGGAAACGAUCCAGCAGAAUUUGAAUGCUGUUACAGAGGAAGUGAAUCACUCCUUGGCAGGCAUCCAUACCGAUGGGGAGUGUAUUGAGCCUUCAGGAACAGAACUGUGCUUUGUUCCUUUACCUAACUCAACUCUUAUUCCAAGUUUUUCAUUAAAAGACACCUGUAAAAAUAUUAGUAAUCCAAAGUAUGCAGACUACUAUUAUCCCCACAUAAUGGAAGGUACUGUACGUUGUAUCUCGAGAUGUUUCAAAGGCACCCAAGACUCCAUGAACUGCUACAGUGGGAUUUGCCGUCUUUCUGAAAUUGGCCCCCACUGCAUGUAAGUAGACAGAGGGAGGAGGAGUAUUGAGGGAGUCCUUAGAUCCAGAUUCAUUAGGACAUAAAUAUUAAAUUUUAAACAAUUAUUUGUUCUAACAGGGGUUAUUCUGGAUUGUAGGCGGUUGCUCUGGCCAUAAUCCAGAUAGAGUAACUCAACAUAAUGGUAACAUGCAGAAUAUUUAUUGAUCAGGAAUUCUAAGCAGUAAUUCACAGUUAUGUAGAUACAUCUAUCAACAUGAUUCAUAUUCAUUCCAUUCAAGCAGAUAAAAAGAGAAUAACUUUCCUCCAUCUUCAUGAAACUCACAUGCUGCUCUGGUUGACUUGGCAAAAGAACUUUACAGCCUUGGCAUGUAGCCAGGAAAUCCGGAACUUUACAGCCUUGCCAUGUAGCCAGGAAAUCCGGUAAUAAAAACACAAGACCCUCUAGUGGCCAAUCCUAGCACAGAUAUAACUAGGUAAUAUAAACUACAUUACCCAGAAGGCUAUUCCUUAAGGGAAACAGCAUUUUAACCCUUUAAAUGCUACUUGCUCUACACACAGUUUCCUAAGCUGGCUAUACACUCUGACCAGAUGACUACAUACUGGUCCAGCACAGGGGUGUUCUCCCAUCUCACUAAACUUUUCUGCCUGCAGAAUCCCACAUUUUCCUACAUUUUAUAUAAAGCUGUUAUUAACAUAGUUGUUAUCAAAAUGUUUCUUUAUUUAUUAAAUUUGUAUCUUGUCUAACUCUCUGUAACUCUGGGCAAUUCACAAGUAAACAGAAGAAAAAAGAAAUAUACAAUAAGAGAAAAGGGUGCCUCACUGUUUUGAGGCAGGAGAUAUAUCACUCCCUCUAUCAAAAUAGCUUACAUCACAGCAUGGACCCAACUGAAGGUCACCUCCUUGGCCAUUUUUAUGACCCAGCAGUGGCCCAGAUCCAGUAAACAUAUGACCAAAACAACAGCACAGAAGGCCCUGUCUACUUCAUCAGGGUCUCAGAUGCUUACAGAUUAUACCAUCGGAUCAUACCCCAGGCACCUUGGCCUGCCUGGCACAAUCAGAAUCCAUGUUGGAGUGGAUCUGAAUGACAUUAUUCAUCACUUAGCCUGAAUAAUUCUCACAGUAGCCCAGUAGAUGUCCUGAAAAGCCAUUCCUACCCAACCGGACCAAAUGACCCUUAACCAGGCCACUGCACAAUUAUCAGUGGAUGGAAUAUGGGUGGGAAAAUAUUGACAUUUGGUCACCCUUAUCACCAUGAGGUAAUCCCUAAUAUAGUAAUCUGAUCAGAUAAUAUAGUCAGCUUGAGUAUUCCUCGAGUGCUCCAGAUAUUUCUACUGGUGCUUCAUCUUCAGGUGCUUUGAGGUAAACCAAGGUAAAUUCUUGGAUUAGUGCACAGGGAGAGGUUGCAUAGGACAAUGUGGUCCAAAACCCUGGCCAUCUAACUAUUCCAGGCAGUGUCCCAGUCAAACCACCCUCCAGAACCGCUAGGAAAACUCUUACUGGAAUCCCAAUGGGUUGAUCAAUCAAUGUAUUAAAUCUGUAAAAUUCUAUGACAGACAAAAUGAUUUAUUUGGAGUAUCAGAUUAUGAAAGAUGAAAAGGGAAUUAGUAGCCUAGUAUAAUUUGGUUGAUGUUUCAAAGGAGCUCUCUUGGAAUACUGACACUAGCACAAACUCUAAAAGGUUAGGAAUGAAUAAGAUACUAAAUGAGCAUGAAUUUCCCUGUAUUUUAAAUUUAUUUAUUUUAUUUAGCAAUGGCAAAAAUGUUAAAAAGCACAUCACAAUUACACAAUUACUAGACAGUAUUCUGGAACAAAAUACUUUAAUGACUGUCUCUCAUGCCUUCAUCAUCUCUUGUUUGGGUCACAGUAAUGUGAUCGGGCUGCCUUGGAGUCUAUUUGGCAACUAAAGGUAAAGGUAAGGGUUAUCCCCCUCCAAUUGUUUGUGACUCUAGGGGGUGGUGCUCAUCUCUGUUUCUUAGCCAAAGGAGCCAUUGUUGUCCAAAGAUCCUUUCUGUGAUCAUGAUGAGCAUGACCAGUGCUUUUUUUUUUAAAAAAAAAAAAAGGUGCUGGAACUCACACACGUCAUACAACCUGCCUUGCCUACCCUACAAGGUUCCAUCCAAAAAAGGUGCCGGAACUCCAUUCUGGGUAUUCUAUGACAAAAAAAACCCUAAGCAUGACUAUACCCUUAGGUGCAGAGAACACUGUUACCUUCCCACCAAAGUGGUAUCUGUUUAUCUACAUGCAUUUACUGCUUAGGUGGGCUGGAGCUUGGGUCUUGAACCCAGGAUGUCAGCUUUCCCAGCUAACCAGCUCAGUGUCUUUAAACAGCUGAGCCAUCACGCCCCUUAUUUGGAAACUAGUACUAUGGUAGUGCUAGUCUAAAAUGCAAUAGAAUGUUUGUUUACAUGUCCAACCCAGUUCAUGCUCAUCUUGCAAAAAAUGCUUUGAUACUUAGUAUCUUCUGUAUAUAAUUCAAAGUACUAGUUGCUACCAUAAAUACUUUUAUGACUUGGUUGCUUACUUUCUAUAAAAUAGCUUCCUCCAAGCAGAAUCUCCCUAUUCUGUGCACUUCAUUGGAGAAUAUAUGCCUGGAUGGUUUGGCAUGGUUUGGCACAGUUCAGAGGUAAUUUUCUUUGCAUGGUAAUUUCUCUUUUCCCACUCUAAGGAGUUAGGAUGGCUCCCCACUUACUAGUGCUCCAAAACCAAAUGAAUUCAAUCCUUUUUCAUCUAAGAAGACAAGCUGACUGAAAGUGACAGUUAUAGUUACUUUGGUAGUUGUAAUCUGAAGCCUAUUGAUAUUAAUUUAUUCUAUUUUAAUGUUUCUGUUUUAUUAUUUUAAUGCAACGUUUUUAAUGAAUUCUUGCUACUGGAAGUUACUUAGAAUCUUGCAAAGAAAGCUCUCUUUCUCAAUUCAUUUCUCUUUCCCACAGUUGCAAUAAUUUGGACAUGUUCUGGUACCUGGAUAGUGACUGCCAAUUAUCCAUCCAAAAGAGUGUGCUGGGACUUAGUCUUGCCCUGGCUCUAUUCUUUGUGAUCAUUAUCAUCCUUGUUAUUUUUCUCAUCAGAGCAAAGCAGAAAAAAUCCAGAAAUAGGAAAAGGAAGGAAAACCAUCAUUUUGAGUGGGGACUGAUGGAGCUGGCAUGUGAAAGGAAUCUUAUCAAGUCAAGAGUGCCACAUUCCAUAUGGAAGAAAUUAGAUGGAAACAAUCAUCAUGCUCAAGAUUAGAACAAAACCAACCUGUAGUUAAGAUUAAAGUUGUAGCUGCUGUGGACUUGGUUUAUCAGGAUAUGAAAGGUGGCUUCAGCAGUGAUGCUAGAAAUAGACUUAAAUAUAAUGAGUCUAAAAAGGUGCUGCAUAUUCAGUGGGAAGUGGUACAAUCAGAAGAUGAAAGAACUCAGAAAGAUAUCCUUGACCCUAAACAGCUGAGAGAAAAUGCCUCUGAAAUGACAACUGAGGUCACUUCAAAACCCGCAUCAACAAGUACUUUCUCAGAAGAAGCACAGGUCUCACCAACUAUGCCCAGCCCCACAGGAAAUGUUGUUGCUGUAAGCACAGCUUUGACUGGGACUGUCUCCGGGGAAUCUUACACUUCUUUGUCCCAUACCAGCAGCACCUUCAGCAAUGUCACCACAAAGGCAUCUUUCUUCACUUCUCACUCUGCUGCAACUGAUACCUCUGCCUCCUCACACGGGCCCUCAGCUGAGCCCAGCACAAGAACAAGUGAUGCCACUACAAGCAUUGUUUCCACAAGUGCUCCCUUGGGUGAAACACACACUCCCUCAACAACUCUCAGCACCACAGGGAUGGAGGCUGGUAGAGGCACAGCUUCACCCAGUGCUCCUUCAGAAAGAACAGACAGCCCUCCACCAGGUAAAAAUCCCACAGGGAGUGAUGUCGGUACCACCUUGGCUACCAUUUGGACCACCUUAGUUGAGACACACAGUCCCACAAUGGUGCACAACCACUCAACCCAUAUGAGUCCCACGCCAGCUCAUGUGGCUACCACAACCACAUCUGGAAACACUCCCUCAGGGGAAACACACACCUCCCUGAUCACACUUGACAGCACCGGGAGAGAUAUCACCAUCGACAUAGCUUUAACUACUUCCCUUUCACCUGAAAUUCAUACCUCCUCCCCUAGAACCUUAAAUGACUUUGUCACCAGCAGCAUGAGUACAACAUCUGCCAGGCAAGAAACAUCCAGUUCAGAUACAGAUCUCAGUCCCUCAGCAUCUCCAAGUGCCUCAGCGAGCGAUGUGAUGAGCAUACCAUCCACAAGGGCUGUGUCGGGUGAAAUACACACUUCUGCAAAAGCCCCCACUGCCAUCACGAAUCAUGUUAAUUCUGGCACACCUUCCCCAAGUCCUUUAACGGUGGAAACCCCAGGCUUCCCAAUCUAUAGUAGCCCUACCAUUACAGAUGUCAAUAAAAGCACCGUUUUCAUGACUUCUUCUCCAGGUGAAACACAGAGAAGCAUUGCCAAUACAGGCCACACAGACAACAAGGGAAGUACAGUCAUGGAUCCCACAGACUCUCCUGCAAAUCAAACUCGAAGUCCCACAGAAAAUGGUAGCACCCCCGGAACCCAUGUCACUGCAACUCCAGCUCCAACAAAGACAGUCUCCAAGGAAACAACAAGCCCCUCCACAGAAGCCAGUAGCACUUUAACUGAUGUCAGCCAUCAAACUGCAUUGACCUCACUCUCAGGGGAAGCAUAUACCCCUACAUCAAGUGGCACGACACCAGAAAUUGAAACUGGCACAAGAACUGAGGUCACUUCAAAACCUGCAUCCGCAAGUACUUCCUCAGAAGAAGCACAGGUCUCACCAACUAUGCCCAGCCCCACAGGAAAUGUUGUUGCUGUAAGCACAGCUUUGACUGGGACUGUCUCCGGGGAAUCUUACACUUCUUUGUCCCAUACCAGCAGUACCUUCAGCAAUGUCACCACAAAGGCAUCUUUCUUCACUUCUCACUCCGCUGCAACUGAUACCUCUGCCUCCUCACACGGGCCCUCAGCUGACUCCAGCACAAGAACAAGUGAUGCCACUACAAGCAUUGUUUCCACAAGUGCUCCCUUGGGUGAAACACACACUCCCUCAACAACUCUCAGCACCACAGGGAUGGAAGCUAGUAGAGGCACAGCUUCACCCAGUGCUCCUUCAGAAAGAACAGACAUCCCUCCACCAGGUACAAAUCCCACAGGGAGUGAUGUCGGUACCACCUUGGCUACCAUUUGGACCACCUUAGUUGAGACACACAGUCCCACAAUGGUGUACAACCACUCAACCCAUAUGAGUCCCACACCAGCUCAUGUGGCUACCACAACCACAUCCGGAAACAUUCCCUCAGGGGAAACACACACCUCCCUGAUCACACUUGACAGCACCGGGAGAGAUGUCACCAUUGACAUAGCUUUAACUACUUCCCUUUCACCUGAAAUUCAUACCUCCUCCCCUAGAACCUUAAAUGACUUUGUCACCAGCAGCAUGAGUACAACAUCUGCCAGGCAAGAAACAUCCAGUUCAGAUACAGAUCUCAGUCCCUCAGCAUCUCCAAGUGCCUCAGCGAGCGAUGUGACGAGCAUACCAUCCACAAGGGCUGUGUCGGGUGAAAUACACACUUCUGCAAAAGCCCCCACUGCCAUCACGAAUCAUGUUAAUUCUGGCACACCUUCCCCAAGUCCUUUAACGGUGGAAACCCCAGGCUUCCCAAUCUAUAGUAGCCCUACCAUUACAGAUGUCAAUAAAAGCACCGUUUUCAUGACUUCUUCUCCAGGUGAAACACAGAGAAGCAUUGCCAAUACAGGCCACACAGACAACAAGGGAAGUACAGUCAUGGAUCCCACAGACUCUCCUGCAAAUCAAACUCGAAGUCCCACAGAAAAUGGUAGCACCCCCGGAACCCAUGUCACUGCAACUCCAGCUCCAACAAAGACAGUCUCCAAGGAAACAACAAGCCCCUCCACAGAAGCCAGUAGCACUUUAACUGAUGUCAGCCAUCAAACUGCAUUGACCUCACUCUCAGGGGAAGCAUAUACCCCUACAUCAAGUGGCACGACACCAGAAAUUGAAACUGGCACAAGAACUGAGGUCACUUCAAAACCUGCAUCCGCAAGUACUUCCUCAGAAGAAGCACAGGUCUCACCAACUAUGCCCAGCCCCACAGGAAAUGUUGUUGCUGUAAGCACAGCUUUGACUGGGACUGUCUCCGGGGAAUCUUACACUUCUUUGUCCCAUACCAGCAGUACCUUCAGCAAUGUCACCACAAAGGCAUCUUUCUUCACUUCUCACUCCGCUGCAACUGAUACCUCUGCCUCCUCACACGGGCCCUCAGCUGACUCCAGCACAAGAACAAGUGAUGCCACUACAAGCAUUGUUUCCACAAGUGCUCCCUUGGGUGAAACACACACUCCCUCAACAACUCUCAGCACCACAGGGAUGGAAGCUAGUAGAGGCACAGCUUCACCCAGUGCUCCUUCAGAAAGAACAGACAUCCCUCCACCAGGUACAAAUCCCACAGGGAGUGAUGUCGGUACCACCUUGGCUACCAUUUGGACCACCUUAGUUGAGACACACAGUCCCACAAUGGUGUACAACCACUCAACCCAUAUGAGUCCCACGCUAGCUCAUGUGGCUACCACAACCAUAUCCGGAAACACUCCCUCAGGAGAAACACACACCUCCCUGAUCACACUUGACAGCACCGGGAGAGAUGUCACCAUCGACAUAGCUUUAACUACUUCCCUUUCACCUGAAAUUCAUACCUCCUCCCCUAGAACCUUAAAUGACUUUGUCACCAGCAGCAUGAGUACAACAUCUGCCAGGAAAGAAACAUCCAGUUCAGAUACAGAUCUCAAUCCCUCAGCAUCUCCAAGUGCCUCAGCGAGCGAUGUGACGAGCAUACCAUCCACAAGGGCUGUGUCGGGUGAAAUACACACUUCUGCAAAAGCCUCCACUGCCAUCACGAAUCAUGUUAAUUCUGGCACACCUUCCCCAAGUCCUUUAACGGUGGAAACCCCAGGCUUCCCAAUCUAUAGUAGCCCUACCAUUACAGAUGUCAAUAAAACCACCGUUUUCAUGACUUCUUCUCCAGGUGAAACACAGAGAAGCAUUGCCAAUACAGGCCAUACAGACAACAAGGGAAGUACAGUCAUGGAUCCCACAGACUCUCCUGCAAAUCAAACUCAAAGUCCCACGGAAAAUGGUAGUGCCCCCGGAACCCAUGUCACUGCAACUCCAGCUCCAACAAAGACACUCUCCAAGGAAACAACAAGCCCCUCCACAGAAGCCAGCAGCACUUUAACUGAUGUCAGCCAUCAAACUGCAUUGACCUCACUCUCAGGGGAAGCAUAUACCCCUACAUCAAGUGGCACGACACCAGAAAAUGAAACUGGCACAAGAACUGAGGUCACUUCAAAACCUGCAUCCGCAAGUACUCCCUCAGAAGAAGCACAGGUCUCACCAACUAUGGCCAGCCCCACAGGGAAUGUUGUUGCUGUAAGCACAGCUUUGACUGGGACUGUCUCCGGGGAAUCUUACACUUCUUUGUCCCAUACCAGCAGCACCUUCAGCAAUGUCACCACAAAGGCAUCUUUCUUCACUUCUCACUCCACUGCAACUGAUAACUCUGCCUCCUCACAUGGGCCCUCAGCUGAGCCCAGCACAAGAACAAGUGAUGCCACUACAAGCAUUGUUUCCACAAGUGCUCCCUUGGGUGAAACACAUACUCCCUCAACAACUCUCAGCACCACAGGGAUGGAGGCUAGUAGACGCACAGCUUCACCCAGUGCUCCUUCAGAAAGAACAGACAGUCCUCCACCAAGUACAAAUCCCACAGGGAGUACUCCCUCAGCAGAAGCACAGGUCUCACCAACUAUGCCCAAUCCCACAGGGAAUGAUGUCACUGUAAGCACAUCUUUGUCCGGGACCCUCUCUGUGCAAUCUUACACUUCUUCAUCAUAUAUCAGUAUCCCCUUCAGCAAUGUCACCACAUCAGUGACACCCUCCCAGGAAAUACCAAGCCCGUCAGCAGAAACCAGCAGCCCUUUCACUACCAAAAUUACCAUUGCUGAGAGUACUAGCAGCGCUUCCACUACCAAAACUACUACUGCCAAGAGUACUAGCAGCGCUUCCACUACCAAAACUACUACUGCCAAGAGUACUAUCAAAACUACCACAAGUGAGCUAUGCCACAACGGUGGAACCUAUGAUGGAACCAAAUGCCUCUGUAAUGAGGAUUUAUUCUAUGGACCCAAGUGUGAGUUCCGCAUAGAUGAAAUUCCAAUCAAUGAAUUAUCUGUGACCAUUACAAUAGAAGCUCAGGUGAGGAUUACUAACAAAGAGUACAAGAAAUCUCUGGAAGACUUAAACUCUAAAUAUUCUCAGGAAAUUCAGGCUCAGUUUAAAAAGCAGAUGAAAGAUAUUUAUGGUGCUGUCCCUGGAUACCAUGGUGUGGAGAUCUUACGAAUGAGGAAUGGCAGCAUUAUUGUGGAACAUAAAGUCAUCUCCCAAAUAGAAAUGAAGAACAACGAGGAAACGAUCCAGCAGAAUUUGAAUGCUGUUACAGGGGCAGUGAAUCACUCCUUGGCAGGCAUCCAUACCGAUGGGGAGUGUAUUGAGACUUCAGGACCAAAACUCUGCUUUGAUCCUUUACCUAACUCAACUCUUAUUCCAAGUUUUUCAUUAAAAGACACCUGUAAAAAUAUUAGUGAUUCAAAGUAUGCAGACUACUAUUAUCCCCACAUGAUGGAAGGCACUGUGCGCUGUAUCUCAAGAUGUUUCAAUGGCACUCAAGAUUCCAUGAAUUGCUACAAUGGUGUUUGCCGACUCUCUGAAAUAGGCCCCUACUGCAGUUGCAAUAAAUCGGAUAUGUUCUGGUACCUGGAUAGUUAUUGCCAAUUACCUGUCCAAAAGACUGCCCUGGGCCUUGGUCUUGCACUGGCUGUGCUUUUUGUGGUCAGUAUCACCCUGACUGUGUUCCUCAUCAGAGCCAAGCGGAAGAAAUCCAAAAAUAGCUGGUCUGCUGAUGCUGACACCUGGUAUGGAGAGGAUGCAGAUGAAGAAUGGAUACCUUCAGGCAGUCUGAACAUUAUGAAUAAGACAGCGGUCUCAUCUUGGGAUAAAUAUCAAGACAGAAAGAAAAUGGUAAACCUAUCACCUCACCCAAUAAAUACUUCACUGCAGAAGCCAACUGAAUUUUAUCAUGGGACACAUCCUGAGUCUUCCUCUUGAGCAACUGAGAUAAAUAUCCAUCAGUGGGCUGGUGGAUCUGAUAAGUGGCAUUGCUAAAGUCUACUUUCCCAAUUGUUUCAGUUCUUAAAUCAUCAAUUUAUUAUUCAACCAAAGAAACCAUUGAAAAAGAUAUUGAAUAAAACAAUUAAGAACAUUGAAAUUGCUUGAAUAAACAAUUUUAUAUUUUAUUUCAUUGAAAAGGGAAAGAGUUUAUAGUUGUUUCUUUAACAUGGUUUAGAUCCUCUAAUCUGGAUAUAUAUUGUUUUUAAACUUGAUACUAUAUGAUAAACUAGACCGAUUCGCUUUUUCUGAAACUGUAUGAAACUUAAUAUAAUUGGGGGAAUUAGAACAAUCCUUCUACAAAUGUUUUUUUUUAUAAUUUGAUUAAAGAAACUACUGAACCCCA